CAAUAUAACCCCACUGCACCCAGCCAGCUGAGGGGUCCGGUCAGCGGCCUCAGUCUGAGCUGCUAGUGGACUGACACACAUCUACCUUUGCCUGUUUUUGGAUUGUGUUUUUUCUCAGAUGUUUGGAUGGACACCAUGAUGAAAGGAGAGGACUCAGAGGAAGUAGAGAUUGACUUAGGGGACUCCAGUGACCCUGAAGAAUCUGAUAAUGGGGAGGAACCACAGACACUGUGGAGGGCCCCUCCUGCACUGGAAGAAGAGGAAAACAUUCAUACUUCUACACUGGUGGAAAUAAGCGAUACCAAGCCUCUGAUUAAUGCCAGAGACCCCCGAGGUAUCAAUGACUGCCUCAAGGUGACGUUUGAGGAUGUGAUCGCUGAGCCAGUAUCUGUGCGCAGUGGGGACAGAGUGUGGAUCUGGAGCCACGCCCUGUUUGAGGUGUCCAGGGUUUGGAUCUACAGGAUAGUCACUGUGCUUCUGGCCAUUCCCAUGUCAGUUAUCUCCGGUCUCCUCUUUGCCAUUCUCAGCUGCUUCCACAUCUGGAUGGUUAGUCCCUGUAUCCAGUGUAUCCUCAUGGGCACUUGCUGGCUGCAGAGCCUAUGGAGCGUCGUGCUGGGCGUCAUUGUACGUCCCCUCCUCACAAGUGCUGGGAAAUGCUGUGGAGGCUUCAGCAUUCAUCUGGCUAAAGAAUGAGACUCACAUGAGAAGCACAUCCAGACUGGGAUUGUCCGUUGUGUGUUCUCGUGGACUGAGCCCAAGGGAGAAUUGAUAUCCAAUUCUUAAAUUCUUAAAAUAAAAUGUUUAUUAAUACACGUUUUCUACAGGUAAGACCACUUCGGUCCGAAGGUAUCUGCUGGUUCUUUUUAAUGACGGCUCAAAGCUUGUGACAUUUUCAAACAAUAAUUUGGUGUUGACCUGUCACAGUGACAAAAACACAUGGCAACGCAUUUCUAACUUUUAUCCUCAGAGUGUGAAAUCACUUUGGUUAGGAUCAGAGUUAUCAACUGAGAUCAGUGUGAUAAAGAAACUUAGUGUCAAUAACUUUCACUGUUACAGUGAUCUGAAGAAAACGAGAAUGUUGGAAGUGACUUUUGUGAAGCAUACAGUACUUUUACUAUCAUGAUAAUGUGGUUAUGACUGAUGAUUUUAGAAUGAGAUAAUUUCAGAAAAUGUUAUGCAUACAAUGUUGUAUAAUCUUUA